UGAUUAUUCACUAAUAAUCCGCCACCCAACUCCAUCCUCGCGACCUGCUUGGGCUUUCUUUUCUGUCGCGAGAUUGUUAUAUACAGCUGGCUCCGCCCUAGCCAAGUACUCGAUUAAUUUAUAUAUCGGUACCCACGUUCGGUUCCAUAGGUUCGAGUCGCUGAGAUCUUAGCUGUGCAUUGCGACGGUGAAUUAGGGGGCUGUCGCGCACUCAAAUCGGCUCUUCCCUGCUUGCGCUCGCCAGCCAUUCUAUUUCGAGUCAAACGCCACCUGGUUUUCAGUGAAAUUUUUGCACGAUAUUCACUAUGGCGGAUGAUCUGGAUGCCGAGCUGCUCGCUCUAGCGGGCGACUCCUCUGACGAGGAGUCAUCACCUCCUCCCAAGCAGAAUUCUGAAUCUCCUGCUCCUUCGGCUUCUCCAUCAUCGGCCAUGGCGCGAAAAGGAACGGCAAAACCGAUUAAAAGGAGCAAGAAGUCGCGCAAUGAUGAUGAGGGUGAUGAGGAGGAUGGCGAAGUGUCUGAUGCUGGAUCUCACCAUUCACUCGAGUCCGCCAGCAUGUCCGAGUCUGACGCCGCCUCCGAUUCCGAAGGAGCAAGCGAGGACGCUGAAGAGGAUCGCCCUAUCUUCCCUUACGAAAAACUCUACUACUCUGCCAAAGACAAAGAGGAAAUCAUGGCGUUGCCAGAAAUCCAGCGUGAACAGAUUCUCUCUGAACGAGCGCAAGAGGUCGACCGACGCAACCAGGACCUGGCUCUUCGUCGUCUCUUAGCAUCUCGCGAACGCGAUGAGGCUCGGCGGGUGAAAAAGUCCAAGCGAAAGGCGAGCGUGGCGGAUCUGGAAGAAGGCCAGCGCAAGAGCUCCCGGCAGAAGACCACACUUGGCGGGCGCAAAGUUGGCGAGGCUUCUGAGGCCAUUGAGGCAUACAAGCGUCAGCGUGAGAAGAAGGGCAAGCGCGAUGAGCUCCGUCGUCGUGAUAUGGCUGCUGGCGAAGCAGCUCCAGCAAAGGACGAAGCACCCUCGGACAAGGAUGCUGAAGGCGAAAGCGAGGUCGAGUGGGAUAAUCGCGAGCGCUCCCCAUCUCCUCCCAAGGAUGACCCACCUGCGGAUCUUCGUGACAUUCAACGUGCUCGCGUGGGACGUACAAAUUUCGCACAAGUUUGCUUCUAUCCUGGAUUCGACGAAGCGAUUUCUGGAUGCUAUGCUCGAGUGAAUAUCGGACCAAACAGAGAUACUGGUAUCAACGAAUAUCGUCUAUGUUUGAUCAAGAGAUUUACAGAGGGACGACCUUACGCCAUGGAAAGCCCAAACGGCCGGUCGUUUGUGACAAACCAGUACGCUGUUUUGGCGCAUGGGAAAGCAGAGCGCGAAUUCCCUUUCAUAGCUUGCUCUGAUUCACCCUUUACCGAGGCCGAAUUCAAUCGCUACCGCCAGACCAUGGCAGUUGAAGAUUGCAAGAUAGCCACCAAAUCAGUGCUUGCCAAAAAAGUAGCAGACAUCAACCGUUUAAUCAACCACCAGUUUACCAAGGAAGAGCUGAAUGAGAAGUUGCGCAAACAAGGCUCUCUGGAUAACAAGAUGCGCACCUUUAAGCGCCUUGAAGCCGAGAAGCAGUUGAAGUUGGCUAGAGCUGCUGGUGACGAUGAGGAGGUGUCGCGCUUGGAGAAGGAGCUGGCGGAGCUUACUGGGCCAAAGCUCGCUUUCAGUACCCAACCAUCGAAACCUCGCACGGAGAAGUCGGAUUAUGAGCGCCUCGCCGAGUUGAACCUGCGCAAUCAGAAACUGAACACCGAAAGUGUGCGUCGUGCCCAGCUCGAGGAGAGAAAGGCAAGUCGGAAAGCCGCUGCAGCAGUCGCUCGUGGUGAAGCUCAAGCCAAUCCAUUCAUGCGUGUUCGAACCCUUGCCAAGACCCAUUACGAUGCCAACGGAAAUAGCCUGAUACCGGACUCAAUCUCCAGCCGCGGCGGGACUCCUGGUACAGGAUCUGACACGCCAUCCAAGGCCAGUACGCCUAAACCUGCCGUCACUACACAGAAGAAGCAGUCGAAGGGUGGCAUUGCCUCGAUCCGCCAUCGCAAUAUGGACGACGAGAAUAUUGCAGCCCUGGAUCUGGAGUUGGAUAUUGAAAUCUGAUUGGGACCACAUCAAUCAUCGUUGCAAUAAUUUUCAUUGCCGGAAGAGCAUGAUGAGCAAACAAGUUAAGGCUUGGCGAUGUCUCUUAGGAUGGCUCAUGAAAAGGACUUUGAACCGGACAUGACUUUUUGAUAGAACAUAGGCAGGUGUUACGUUACACCAGAUCAGCGUCGGUUUCUGUAUUUCUGUCACUACGGGCGGGCUUUAAACAUCGGCGUCAUACCACACCUAGCAUGGGAAUUUGUAUUUAUCGCCAAUGAACCAUUGAACAUUACUGAAA